AAGCGGAGAGGCGGAGGAACGGCCGGGCUGGCUGCGGAAGGGGAGGGGGGGAGGAGGCGAUUGGAUGCGGCGGCGGAGCCCGGCGAGCAGCGGAGUGAGAGGAGACGCGCGGCGGCCGCCUGGAGGUGUAAAAAUAAUUCCGUCAUGGCUCAUUCAAAGACAAGAACUAAUGAUGGAAAAAUUACUUAUCCUCCUGGUGUCAAGGAAAUCUCAGAUAAAAUAUCUAAAGAGGAGAUGGUGAGACGAUUAAAGAUGGUUGUAAAAACGUUUAUGGAUAUGGACCAGGACUCUGAAGAAGAAAAGGAGCUUUAUCUGAAUCUAGCUCUACAUCUUGCUUCAGAUUUUUUCCUCAAGCAUCCUGAUAAAGAUGUUCGCUUACUGGUAGCUUGCUGCCUUGCUGAUAUUUUCAGGAUUUAUGCUCCUGAAGCUCCUUACACAUCUCCUGAUAAACUAAAGGAUAUAUUUAUGUUUAUCACAAGGCAGUUGAAGGGGCUAGAGGAUACAAAGAGCCCACAAUUCAAUAGGUAUUUUUAUUUACUUGAGAACAUUGCUUGGGUCAAGUCAUAUAACAUAUGCUUUGAGUUAGAAGACAGCAAUGAAAUUUUUACCCAACUAUACAGAACGUUAUUUUCAGUCAUAAACAAUGGCCACAACCAGAAAGUUCAUAUGCACAUGGUGGAUCUUAUGAGCUCUAUUAUAUGUGAAGGUGAUACGGUAUCUCAGGAGCUUUUGGAUACAGUUUUGGUAAAUCUGGUGCCUGCCCAUAAGAAUUUAAACAAGCAAGCAUAUGAUUUAGCAAAGGCUUUACUGAAGAGGACAGCUCAAGCUAUUGAACCAUAUAUUACCAAUUUUUUUAAUCAGGUUCUGAUGCUUGGAAAAACAUCUAUCAGCGAUUUGUCAGAGCAUGUCUUUGACUUAAUUUUGGAGCUCUACAAUAUUGAUAGUCAUUUGUUGCUCUCUGUUUUACCCCAGCUUGAAUUUAAAUUAAAGAGCAAUGACAACGAGGAACGCCUGCAAGUUGUUAAACUACUGGCAAAAAUGUUUGGGGCAAAGGAUUCAGAAUUGGCAUCUCAAAACAAACCACUUUGGCAGUGCUACCUGGGCAGAUUUAAUGAUAUCCAUGUACCAAUCCGCCUGGAAUGUGUGAAAUUUGCUAGCCAUUGCCUCACGAACCACCCUGAUUUAGCGAAGGACUUAACAGAGUAUCUCAAGGUGAGGUCACAUGACCCCGAGGAAGCUAUUAGACAUGACGUUAUUGUGUCUAUAGUUACAGCUGCUAAAAAGGAUAUUCUUUUGGUCAAUGACCACUUACUUAAUUUUGUGAGAGAGAGAACAUUAGACAAACGGUGGAGAGUGCGCAAAGAAGCCAUGAUGGGACUUGCCCAAAUUUAUAAGAAAUAUUCUUUACAGUCGGCAGCUGGAAAAGAUGCUGCAAAACAGAUUUCAUGGAUCAAGGACAAAUUGUUACAUAUAUAUUACCAAAAUAGUAUUGAUGAUCGAUUGCUUGUUGAACGCAUCUUUGCUCAGUACAUGGUUCCUCACAAUUUGGAAACUACAGAACGGAUGAAGUGUUUAUAUUAUUUGUAUGCCACGCUGGAUUUAAAUGCUGUGAAAGCAUUGAAUGAAAUGUGGAAAUGUCAAAAUCUACUCCGACAUCAAGUAAAGGAUUUGCUUGACUUAAUUAAGCAACCCAAAACAGAUGCCAGUGUCAAGGCCAUAUUUUCUAAAGUGAUGGUUAUUACAAGAAAUUUGCCAGAUCCUGGGAAAGCUCAGGAUUUCAUGAAGAAGUUCACGCAGGUUUUAGAAGAUGAUGAAAAAAUAAGAAAACAGUUAGAAGUACUUGUUAGUCCAACAUGCUCUUGCAAGCAGGCUGAAGGUUGUGUGCGUGAAAUAACUAAGAAGUUGGGCAACCCUAAACAGCCUACAAAUCCUUUUCUGGAAAUGAUCAAGUUUCUCCUGGAGAGGAUAGCACCUGUGCACAUAGAUACAGAAUCUAUCAGCGCUCUUAUUAAGCAAGUGAACAAAUCGAUAGAUGGAACAGCAGAUGACGAAGAUGAGGGUGUUCCAACUGACCAAGCCAUCAGGGCAGGUCUUGAACUCCUUAAGGUACUCUCAUUUACCCAUCCUAUCUCAUUUCAUUCUGCUGAAACAUUUGAAUCUCUCUUGGCUUGUCUAAAAAUGGAUGAUGAAAAAGUAGCAGAAGCUGCGCUACAAAUUUUCAAAAACACAGGAAGCAAAAUUGAAGAGGAUUUCCCACAUAUCAGAUCAGCCUUGCUUCCUGUUUUACAUCACAAGUCUAAAAAAGGACCUCCCCGCCAAGCCAAGUAUGCUAUUCAUUGUAUUCAUGCGAUAUUUUCUAGUAAAGAGACACAGUUUGCACAGAUAUUUGAGCCUCUGCAUAAGAGCCUGGAUCCAAGCAACCUGGAGCAUCUCAUAACCCCCUUGGUCACUAUUGGGCAUAUUGCUCUCCUUGCACCGGAUCAGUUUGCUGCUCCUCUGAAGUCUUUGGUAGCUACUUUCAUUGUGAAAGAUCUUCUAAUGAACGAUCGGCUUCCAGGAAAAAAGACCACUAAACUUUGGGUUCCAGAUGAAGAAGUUUCUCCUGAGACAAUGGUCAAAAUCCAGGCUAUUAAAAUGAUGGUUCGGUGGCUACUUGGAAUGAAAAAUAACCACAGUAAAUCGGGGACAUCUACUUUAAGGCUGCUGACAACAAUAUUGCAUAGUGACGGUGACUUGACGGAACAGGGGAGAAUUAGUAAACCAGAUAUGUCCCGCCUGAGACUUGCCGCCGCCAGUGCAAUUGUGAAGCUGGCCCAAGAGCCCUGCUACCACGAAAUCAUCACGUUGGAACAGUACCAGCUGUGUGCGCUAGCCAUCAAUGAUGAAUGCUAUCAAGUAAGACAAGUGUUUGCACAGAAACUUCACAAAGGCCUUUCACGAUUACGGCUUCCUCUUGAGUACAUGGCAAUCUGUGCCCUCUGUGCCAAAGACCCUGUGAAGGAGAGGAGAGCUCAUGCCAGGCAGUGUCUGGUAAAAAAUAUAAAUGUGAGACGUGAAUAUCUGAAGCAGCAUGCCGCUGUUAGUGAAAAAUUAUUGUCUCUUCUGCCAGAGUAUGUUGUUCCAUAUACAAUUCACCUUUUGGCACAUGACCCAGAUUAUGUCAAAGUACAGGAUAUUGAACAACUUAAAGAUGUUAAAGAAUGCCUUUGGUUUGUUUUGGAAAUAUUAAUGGCUAAAAAUGAAAAUAACAGUCAUGCAUUUAUCAGAAAGAUGGUAGAAAAUAUUAAACAAACAAAAGAUGCCCAAGGACCGGAUGAUGCAAAAAUGAACGAAAAAUUGUACACUGUGUGUGAUGUGGCCAUGAAUAUCAUCAUGUCAAAGAGCACCACAUACAGUUUAGAAUCUCCAAAAGACCCAGUCCUACCAGCUCGCUUUUUCACCCAACCUGACAAGAACUUUAGUAACACCAAAAAUUAUCUGCCUCCAGAAAUGAAAUCGUUUUUCACUCCUGGAAAACCUAAAACAACCAAUGUUCUAGGAGCUGUUAAUAAGCCGCUUUCAUCAGCAGGCAAACAAUCUCAGACAAAAUCUUCACGAAUGGAAACUGUAAGCAAUGCAAGCAGCAGCUCAAAUCCCAGCUCUCCUGGAAGAAUAAAAGGGAGGCUUGAUAGUUCUGAAAUGGAUCACAGUGAAAAUGAAGAUUACACAAUGUCUUCACCUUUGCCAGGAAAGAAAAGUGACAAGAGAGACGACUCUGAUCUUGUAAGGUCUGAAAUAGAGAAGCCUAGAAGCCGGAAAAAAAUCCCCGUCACAGACUCAGAGGAGAAACUGGGUAUGGACGACCUGACGAAAUUGGUCCAGGACCAGAAACCUAGAGGCAGCCAGCGGGGGCGCAAGAGGGGCCGCGCGGCCUCCGAGUCGGACGAGCCACCGUGGCCGGAGGAGAAGCGGCUCAAGGAAGACAUGCUGGAAAAUGAGGACGAGCAGAAUAGCCCCCCCAAAAAGGGGAAAAGAGGCCGGCCGCCCAAGCCUCCUGGGGGAGGCCUGCCCAAGGAAGAGCCCACGGUGAAAACGUCCAAGAAGGGAAGCAAAAAAAAGCCCGGCCCCUCGGCGGCGGCGGAGGAGGAGGACAGGCCGGGCGGGAGCGCGGCGCAGAAGGCCGGGAGCAGGCAGCCGCGGGCGCCGCGCAGAGCUCCGCCCAGCAGAGCCGGGUCGCCGGACAGCAGCGCGGUGGAGUCCACGCAGUCCACGCCGCAGAAGGGACGAGGGAGGCCGUCCAAAACGCCGUCGCCGUCGCAGCCCAAAAAAAACGUCCGUCUAGGACGCGCCAAGCAAGCAGCCACUAAAGAAAAUGAUUCAAGUGAAGAAGUAGAUAUGUUUCAGAGUAGCUCUCCUGUCAAUGAUGAUAUGCCACAGGAAGAGACGGAGGAAGAGGAAGUUUCUACAGUAAAUGUACGGCGGAGAAGCUCUAAAAGGGAAAGGCGAUGAACAAAAGUAAUUAAUAACUUUCUGCGUGAAAGCUUUGAACAAAAUCAUUUUUUGUCAAGCUUGAGGCUGCAUAAAGCUUUUGAUGCACAACAUGGGACUGCAGAAGACUGGACAGUCGACCCCCACUGUUACAAUCCCGUGUGCUGGUGGUCACACGCUUCAGCCAGGCACAGGGCAAUCACGUUGACUGGGGGGGGGGGGGGGGGCUUGUGAAAGUGUAACAUGCAAUGGCUGUGUAGACAUAAACUAAAGAAGAAACUUGUAAAUAUCUCCCCACCCUUACCCCUUGCCACCCCCCGCUUUUUUUUUUUUAAUGUUUCUGACUUCUAAAGUGCUUGUAUAGCUUUUACCUGCGGCUUUAAACUGACAGUACCCAACUGUUUAUUGGAUCUAUUGAUUUGAAAAGAGUUUGUCAGGAUGGAUCUUAAGCAGUAAUCUCUGUCAGUGUUUGUAUUUGUAUUCUCUGCAAUUUUACUGUGAAAUUUUUUUUUUCAACAAAUGGAGUCAUUUUCUUCAUGCCACUGUUUGUUGGAGAAUUAAAUGGUCUCUUCCCCUUUGUGUAUCUUACCUAGUGUUUACUCCUGGGCACCCGUAAUCUUCAGAGGUGCUAAAUUGUCUGCCAUUACAACAGGAUGAUGUCUCUAAUAGGAGGACACCAUGCAAAUUGUGAAAUAGUCCUUACGUUGUUUGAAUUAUUUUACACCUCAGUAUUGGUCCCAGAAUUUUCUGGCCAUUCAUGGCAAUGAAAAUUUUAAGAAGAGAGAUUUAAAAUAUUUUAAUUUUAAAGAGUGUGUUAUAAAAUAAUGUACUGAAUUCUUUAUCCCAUUUUAUCAUCCCGAUUCAGUUUUUAUUAAUCUACUGUAUCAAUAAAAUUCUGUAAUUUCAAUGA